UCUAUGCCUGCCUAGCACAAACAGCGGUCGGGAGAGUAAAUACAGAAAGCCCCAAGAUGGCGGAGUCACUGAGCUUCAUUCACUUUGGUGCAGCGACCAAAAGCCCGCUUGCCAAAUCUAAAGAACCGAAACUAGAGUCGGACACCCGGCCGCAGUCUUCCCGGGACAUUCACCCGCCGCCGCCCAAGCGAGUCCGAAACGACGAGAAGAGCCUUAAACCUAAGAAACUAAAUGGGGAAGGAGGUGCAGGGGGAGGUGGCGGCGCAGUGGAGAAGCAGCACCAGAAGCAGAGUUCAGGCAACCCGACAACAUGGAGCUUCAGCCCCGUCAAGGCGAGCAGCAACCCCUCGGCGCCCCUCCAGCCUCCCAUUCACACAGUGUUCAAGCAGAGCUCUUUCCUCGCCUCCCAUACCAAACCACCAUCCAAAAAGCCCAAGGAAAAACGAGAGAAAGAGAAGGAUUUCAAGGAAAAGAAGAAACAUAAACCAGUCCCUGGUACUCCUGGAAAUAUUAGCAGCAGUCUGAGUAACGUCACUACUGUAAUGAAGAAGGAGAACGGGGAGAUGAAGUUGGUGCAAAAAGACCACACCAGUAAGGACAAGACGAAGAAGAAGAAACACAAAGUGAUGAAUGAGAUCAAGAGGGAGAACGGAGAGGUGAAGCUCCUUCAGAAAGACAAGCAGAAACCCCAAAUAAACUCAGAUGAGCUCCAGAUUAAGAAGGUGAAGAAGAAAAAGAAGAAGAAACACAAAGAGAGUGAGAGAGAGAAGGAGAAGUGGAAACGGACCAAGAUGUACAGCAGGUCCAGCCAGACCGUGUGUGCUGGUCUCCUCUCUGAGCUCCACGCAGGCCUGGCCUCCAAACAACAGCACCACCACCACCACGGCCACACAGAGUUCAAACCCCCGCUCCCUGUCCACCACACCUCCACCACCUCAUCCAUCAAACAGGAGAACUGUUACAGCCCCUCUCCAACUCUGUCCCUCUCCAAGCCCCUAUGGAGCAGCAGCAAUAGCAGUAACAGUAGCAUUAGCAGUUGGGACCCAGCUUCCCCCAUGACAUCCCCCCUCCAGAUGCCCCAGCCACGGUGCCCCCAGCCUGGCUUUGAGAACCUGGAGUUCGCCCGCUUCAUCCACGUAGAGGAACAACCCAACGGUGGAGCCCUGGUGGCACACGCCUACUGCAGCGAGCUCUCGGCCCUGUCUCCAGCGGAGAUGCAGCUGUUCGCCCAGGAGUUUGUUACCCUGGCCUUCAGUGAGGACGCGUCAUCCCAGGCAGCUCAUUACGUCAUGGGCAUCAUCCACGGGGCGGCCUCCUACCUGCCAGACUUCCUGGACUACUUCUCCUGGAAGUUCCCCUCGUCGCCGGUCAAGAUGGAGAUCCUGGGGAAGAAGGAUAUAGAGACCACCACCAUGCUCAACUUCCACAAUCAGGUGAGGAUGCUGUUUGGUUGGUGUGUUUUAGUGCUGGCUGCUGUAUUUGUUACAGUAUUUGAUGCUAAAUGUGUGACUAUAUUGUAAUUGAAGCAUAGCGCCCUGCAUCCCACUGCUGGCCACUGAAGAUGAGCAGGGUCGGUCCUGGUCGGUCUGGAUGGGAGACCUGAUGCUUGAAGUGGUGUUGGAAGGCCAGUAGGAGGAACUCUUUCCUCUGGUCUAA